ACAGUGUCUCCAGGGCUGCACCAGGCCCCAGCUGCUCCUCUGUCUGGAAGGAGCAAGACGAUUUUGUUGCUGAGAUGCACGGAGCUCCCCGACUGACCUUUCCCUGUGCCAGUGAGUACCUGUGGCAUGUAAGGGAGAAAGCCUAUCAGGAUCACAGGAGAAAGGUCCAGAGUGCCCGGCCGCUGGUAGACACCUGCGCCCCGCUGACGUUCCACCAUCUCCACCUGAAACUCAAGAGGCUGAAGCUGGAGGAGGAACGGCUCUCCGUCAUCGAGAGGGACAACCGCCUGCUCCUGGAGAAGGUGGCCUCGGUCAUGAGAACCAAGGGACAGAAUGACAGCAAAAACGACUCCACGCACAGGAGCAGGAACUGAAACUGGAAUUUAGCAAGCACAUAGCCAAGCCUGGACCCUAAAAGAGAAGUGAGGAAGGGUGAGGAUUCAGAACACAAAUCCAGAAAGAAGACAAGUGUGAUGAGGGGGUGACAAGGAAGACCCACAAGGCCACCCGUGAGCUCCCCCAGGCUAACACAGCCACCGGUCUCAGGGCAGUGUGGGGUAUCAGCCUUGCCCAAGGCCGUGGCCAGGGCAGUCCCGCUCUCUUCCUCUCUUCACUGUUAUCACAGCCAGAGCAGCUGUGAAGUACCCAUGAGGCAGCUCCUAAAACGGUGUUUCAACAAUGUGCCUGAGCAGAUGAUGCAGCAAAACUAUUUUCUGUGCUUCUUGGACUGAUAACUGAAAACAAAUUAUGCAGAGUAAUAUUAGGAGCUAAAGGUUUUGAAUUAGAUUUUUUUCUCUAGCUAUGAAGACUUAUUCUGUUACCAUAUUUUGAGCUGUGGUGGAUUUGUCUAUAAUUCCUAGGUGGAUUUGUGUACUUACCUUAAAAGCUCUGUGAUUGUUCCUUUAACAAAUAUCUAAAUAAAUCAGAUUAAAAUUUUUCAACAUGAUGAAACUA